AUGCUUUUAUAUACUCGUGUUUUUUACCACUCAGCUUCAAUGAUUAGCUUGGGGAGCAAGGGAAACGAUCUAGAACCAGCUUCAUUGGGUGAGGACGUGGGACAUCUCUCCACAGCAAUUCAGAGUCUUCAUCUCGAUGGCAUUGAAUCAGUAUUUACACAGAAGCGAACCUGCCUGCUUCUCAGCUGUGUUAGCAGCGUGAAAGACAGUGAUCUGGAUGAUGAGGAUGUAAGAGUUCUCUCGACGGAGAAAACAGAGCCCGAUGGCAUUGAAUCAGUAUUUACACAGAAGCAGCGAAACCUGCUGCUCUCUUCUCUCAAGAAUCGUUCACAUAUACUUCCUCGCUUCCAUCGUUCCCCACUCAAUACCACAGAAAGCAAGCCAUACCUGAGUGAUCACAGCUGCACAUGGCCACCACGCGAGAGAGCUCCAAUGAAGCUUCUGCUUCCACUUCUGGUGCCAUUUCUGCCGGGAGUGGCUGCAACUCCAAUGCCUCUGGUGAUGUUGUUGGACUGGAAGGCGAAACAUGUCAGUGAGACACGUUUCUAUCGAGAGGUGAAUCUGUGCAUACCGUUCACGACGUUGCCGUCGGAAGCUUCUGAGCCAGCUCAAGAAGCGAGUAGGGAGGUUGCGAAGAUUGAUGCGCAUGUUGGUGGUAUGGCGAUGGUAUGGAUGCGUGAAAGGAACGGAAGCAGUACCUACCAUGUUGGACGAUAUAUAGGAAUACUGGAGUCUGAGGACGAGCGCAAUGCUUCAACAGGUAUGAAGGUGAAGUUUGCAGAGCAAGACGAGGCGGGAGACCGGAAAUGGGCGAAAUCUCGAGCGCUUGCCUGCUCUUUCUUCAACAACAUUACGACCAUCCACACCAUUCCAUCAAACACGCAGAUUGAUGCCAGCAGCGUUCACAGAAGGUCAGUCACGUUGAAAGCACCCUCUCAACAUCUCAAUUCUAAACAGUACCGCUGCCGUGUCUUCCCCUGGUCUCUCCUCAACAGGCACAGCACACAGGUACCAGCGCAUUACAACAGCCAACUUGUAUCAAUAACUGACGGCUACAACGAGCAGGUCAUCGAUGGCCGAUCCAUCAACAACGCCUGGCUGCACCACAGCGGAGUCAGCCAGCAUGCUGGAUGCUCUUCAUUGCGUCCACGAUACGGAUACAGCGCCAUCAAAGCCAACGGCGGACUGAUCAAAUUUGCGCCGAAUCGUCUCGCAGCCUUUUCCACCGCCAAAGAACGCCGAUUCACCCUCAACAAGCUCCAGUCGGCGCGCGACUGUCAGCAACCGCCACAGAAUUUGGCUUCGGACGCAGGUGAUCAGGACUCAAGCCCGGCCACGCAAGACGGAUCCGUCGGAGAAGACAUCCAAGGACACCUCUGCCAAAUUGUCAAUGGCAAAAGAGCCAAAGGCCAACCGCCACCGGCGCAAAGGCUCGCUGUUUCUUGCACGCAUCUUAAAGUACCUCGUAUACUUGUUUAUUGCGUGGGUCGACAGCUGGAAGGCCAGGUAAGCACUCAUUUUCGUCGCUCAUGCCAUACCCUGGACCAUUGCGCCGAUGAUGGUUGGCUGGCGGGAGCAAACAUACAUUGCCAUAUAGCCCCUGACCACCGCUCACUUCGCAAAGUGACGGUGCGUGUGAUGGACAUGCUCUUCAAGACCCAGCAUGAACGGCCCUCACUUCUCAUCUUCCCUUCCCCUGCCUUCACACUCAUACGCACAGUUUUCGUGCAGCAGCUUGCUGCCCGUCUUCGCUCACGCGAACUGAAGGAGUUCUUCCAGCACGCGACGCCUACGGGCGUCACUCACUUCCGACGGUCGUCGGCGCCUUGGGGUAGUCCCUCAAUCGUAAUCGUGCAGUCUGACCCGAUGAGGUCAAAUCCGGCUUUCCUGUCCCUGGCUCCACAGCGACAUGAACAGCAGACGGCGCUUCGUCCUGGCAACUCCAUUGGCAGUCAGUCAUACGACGCCAACAUUCUCGCUUGCACGGACAAGAUCGUACCCGCGCCAUUGACCAUAUUGCCGGGAUACGCGCAUGGCGCCUCCGAUGUAUCGUCGCUCGUCACGAGGGGAGCGGAGGUCACAACACAACGAGUCGACUACGAGGAAGGCAAGGGAGAAGGCGAGCUCCCUCAGCUUCGGCUUCAUAAUGUUGCUUCUCCUUCCUUCUUUCGUCUUCUCAACACUCACGCUUCCUCUCACGACAAGUUCCCCCUGAGCUCAGUCUACAGCACAACGACAGGGAUUCAAGGAAAGCAGACGGCAGAGAUUUGGAGAUGUGCGGUUUGA